UGGCGGCCUCCAUGCUGUAAGUCACGACAGUAGUUGCCGAGAUUAAAUUGUACUCUGCGACUAAUAGACACUGUGAAUUUGGUCAGAACCUCGGAGGAAGAUGGCCAAAAGAACAGCCACAACAGAACUGACGGACAGGAACUGGGACCAGGAUGAUGAACCAGAAGAGGCUGGCGAGUUUGCUCAGGCAACAACAGAGAUUAUAAAACAGAGACAGAUCAUUAAAGCCAAAAGAAAAGGAAGCAGUGUUGAGGGAGGAAGCAAAUCUUUUACUGGGUUCUCGGGAUUCAGUUUUAAGCCCACUUCAACAAGUACUCCAUUUAGCUUUAAUGUCAAAUCAGUGACAAAUGGUGAGUCAGAUACUAAGAAGCCAGCAGCCAGUGAGAUUCCAGUCAAGACUCUUCCGGCCAAUAGUCCCGUCAAAUCCACAUCUGCCAGCAAUGGUGCAAGUAAAGCAGAAAGCGCAGAUAGUACUACCUGCAACACCUAUUCAGAAAAUCUGCGGAAACUCAACGAGAGUGUGUUGUCAUGGAUACAGAAACAUGUGGAAAAAAAUGCAUACUGUAUACUGACUCCAAUAUUCAAAGACUAUGAAAAACAUCUUGAUGAACUGGAGAAGGAGAAAUCUGAGCGUUUGGCUAAAGAUAAUGAGGCAGAAAAAAAGACAACCACAACUUUUUCCGCUAGUAUCAGUACAGGGACUGAAGCUGCUGUGUCAUCAAGUAAACCUACGUUCUCCUUUGGAACAACUUCUAACACAACAUCUACAAGUGGAUUUAGUUUUGGGUCUAAAGCUGCCACCACAGCUUCCGAGGGUACCAAGGGAACAAAUGGAAGCUCCUCAUUUGGUGCUACAGCGUCCACAGGCACCGGUUUCCCGGGUUUUAACCUGCAGUCAAAUCUUGGAGCUAAACCAUCACCAUUUUUUGCUGUUGGUAAUUCGAAGGGUGAUGCAGGCUCUUCAGAAGCUGCUGAGGAAGAAGAAUAUGAACCCCCCAAACCAGAAUCCACAGAAGUCAAGGAGGAAGGAGCUCUUCACACCGUCAAAUGCAAGUUGUUCUACCAGAAGGCAGGUGCUUGGACAGAACGUGGAAUAGGAUUUUUACAUCUCAAAAAGUCUGACGACAAAACACAGCUUGUUGUACGGGCUGAUACAAGUUUAGGAAACAUCCUUUUGAAUAUCAUUCUCUCCAGCUCUCUGCCCCUGAACCGCCAGGGCAAGAACAAUGUGAGUUUGAUGUGCGUGCCUAACCCACCUCUGGACUCCAAGGAAGAACCAAAGGCCACAGCGAUGUUAAUCAGAGUGAAGACUGCAGAAGAUGCAGAUACACUCUUCGAAAAAAUGAAGGAAUUGAGAAAAUAACACUAUUAAAUUUAUAAAUAUAUAUCAGCUUAACGAUAAAUGAAGUGAAACCACGGAGAAAAAUAUGUGAAACUUUGUGAAAGUGCAUAAGUGUUGACUUUCCUGGUGUAAUGUGAAUACACUGUUUCUUUACAUCUUUAAAAUCAAUUCUGCUUCUAGUUCAGGUUUUAAAAAAACUGGAUAAUCUAUGUUUUCUAUGGAAUCUAUGGGAACUUUGUGGUUUAAAUAUUAUUUCUGUGUGUUAGAGUUGUAAGUGCUGCUUGGAUAAUUAGAGACAUGGAUGAAAGCAGACUUGGAGGUUGUUUCUUUUCUAUGACAGGAAAUUUCAUGAAUGAUAAAAUAUGUAAAUUUCUGAUGAUGUAACUUUGGACAUGGGAUAUGAUCAUGCCUUGAACAGUAAUAUACAAUUCUUUAUCCACUAUUGAAAUGCUGUUAUUAUGUGAAUGUUUUGUAUUACCAUGAAAAUAACACAUACUUACUCAAA